AUGAAGCUCCUUUUCCCUCUCUUCGCCAGCCUCAUGCUACAGUACCAGGUGAACACAGAGAUCCUCGGCUGGAGAAAAUGUUUGAUGGGCUUUGGGAAAUGCAAAGCCCAAUGUGAGGUGGAUGAAAGAGAGGUGCAGAAAUGCAAGAGGAAGAAAUGCUGCGUGGAGCCCAAAGUGAUUCAAAUGAUCAAAGACUAUCUUCAAAAUGAAUUGUCUCACUCAUUGGAAGAGGAAUCCCAGAGUCUGCUCCCUGCUGGCAAGAAUGACAGUGUGGAGAAAAAAAGGUCUGUGAUAAGCCAGCUUUCCCAGAUCAGAAGCGUCCCCUCUUUAAACAUCAUCACCCCAAAUUCCAGCUUGAUGACCUUUUCUACCACCAACCCCGAGACCUCAGAACCUAUGAUAUACAUCGAUACUUCGACCAACAAGGACUCCAAAACAAAAAGAGACUCGGCCAUGGACUCCCCACUUCCCUCCCCGCCCCCAUAG